CACAUGAAUUUCCGCUCACUAUCCCCACGCUGUAGCGUUUAUCAAGCUACAUUCAGUGGGCACAAUAUUGUAAGGAAAUUAGCGAAUCCUUUAGCAAAAUGAGGCCUUUAACAGACGAUGAGACAAAAACGAUGUUUGAGAAACUCUCCAAAUACAUUGGUGAGAACAUCAAACACCUGGUGGAUCGACCCGAUGGGACAUAUUGCUUCAGACUUCACAAUGACCGUGUAUAUUACAUCAGUGAGACAAUUCUGAAGUUGGCUACCAACAUCUCCCGUGAUAAAUUGGUGUCGGUGGGCACCUGCUUUGGGAAGUUCACCAAGACCAUUAAGUUCCGCCUGCACAUCACAGCACUGGACUUUCUGGCACCAUAUGCCAAGUUCAAGGUGUGGGUUAAGCCCGGGCAGGAGCAGUCCUUCCUCUAUGGGAACCAUGUGUUGAAGUCUGGUCUGGGGAGGAUCACAGAGAACACCAACCAAUACCAGGGUGUGGUGGUGUAUUCCAUGGCAGACGUACCGCUGGGUUUUGGAGUGGCAGCCAAGUCCACCCAGGAGUGCAGAAGAGUGGACCCCUUGUCCAUCGUUGUGUUCCACCAGGCAGACAUCGGAGAGUUCAUCAGGUCUGAGGACACGCUCACAUAAGGAGUCGUCAAACUGGACUAUCAAUUAUACAGUGGUACUUCCUCUCCUCGGGGACCACCCUACAAACUGGACUAUCAAUUAUACAGUGGUACUUCCUCUCCUCGGGGACCACCCUAGAGGGUUGGGAGGUACAGCUAUGUGACAAGUCUGAUGGUCCCUGAGUGGUUUGGGGAGACCCUGGUCUUCAGGAUAUGAUUGUGUAUUUCCCUCUAAUUUACCAAGGGGCCAAUGACUGUCUGGAUAGUUUCAUCAGGCUGUCAGCUACCAACAUCCCUGUCACUAUGGCUGAGUGAUUUACAUUCAGCUACCAACAUCCCUGUCACUAUGGCUGAGUGAUUUACAUUCAUCUACCCAACAUCCCUGUCACUAUGGCUGAGUGAUUUACAUUCAGCUACCCAAC